UUUAACGUUAGGUCACACGAGUGUACAAGGAAAAUCCCGCGCAAAGUACGGAGAGCGGAAGGAAAACCCGACCCGUUUUAAGUUUGUGAAAGAGAGAAAUAGAUUCAUGGGCUAUUUUUAGAAACAAUAGAUGUGGCAAAUAUAUGUGCGUAUAUAUAGCGUGGUUCGUGUUGAUAUUAACCGCAGCGUUUCAGUAAUGUAAUGAUUGAAUGGCUGUGUGUGAUCUAGUUAGGAGUCAUGUGUUAAAGUGCAACAUCAUAAUUGGAAAUUCUGCUGCCUGAGAGUAAGAACCAAGGUACUAAAUGUGAUAAUCAAAUGUUCCGAUCAGACAUGUGAAAUGGCGGCCAGGAUCCAUUUCAUAUACGGCGCAGUUUGUUCGCUUGCAUUUGUUACUCUGGUGCUGUACAGGGGCGGGGAACCGAUAACGGCGUCUCCAGCUCGCAGUGGCGGCCAGUGUCGCGCUAUGUUCGAGAUCAGCAAACCGCCUGGAGAAACGUGGAACAAAGAUGAUGCUUACGAGGCAUACACGAACCAACUGCCUCCCCUUGUACACAGACACCACGGGGAUGCUGAACCGGUGACGCUCAAUUCAACCAGACUACAGGUCUUAUGGGGCGCUGUUCCCUACAUUCCUUGUAAGAUCCGCGAGUACAGCGACGCGCCCUUCCUGGCCUGCAGCGCCGCCCGAGCAGAGGCGGGAAGGACCACGUGGGUCGCCCUGGUCGGGGACUCGCAGAUGCGGCUCAAGUUGCACCUCCUGCUCCACGUCCUGCCUCGAGGACUCACUUACACCUUCACGAUGGAAGGGCGCCAGGUGUCGAGGGAGACGUUCGAGGAGGCGGUGUUGACCCACAAGGUGCACCCUCCAACGUUCGAGGUGAUCGGCCGCCAUAACAGUCCCAAAGUCGACCCUCGAGAUUCGCUUCGGAAUGCCUCUCUUAAAAGCGAGGACGCAGGCAGCCCCGGGGGAUCAGGGGCGUACGUGGUGAGAGUAACUUUGGUGUGGGCGCCCCUGGGGUCCAAGAGAGGACAUCCGCUGGAUCACGGCCUCGCCCUCACCACUGCCGUCCAGGAGUGGGCGGCUGCGACCUCCAUCCCCGAUGUUAUUGUCGUGGGCUACGGCUUGUGGUUCCUGUUGAUGAAGCAACACGAAGGUGAAUUGGUCCCUUUUACGGAAUUGGACAGACUCUCGAGACCUUUGCUCCCGCCCUUCACCACGCUUGCGGCCCGAACGAAGGUCUUGUUGUGGGCGCAGAGCAGAUAUCGUGGGUUCAAUUUCGAAUCACAGCUUGACCUGCAAGAUACCGAUCCCAUCAGUGCCUGGAAGGCGAAUUUGUACCGAGACCAGUUUGCUGGGUCGAUUCCUAUCGUCGACGAUUGGCUGUGGAAUAUAUUGAGGGCGACCGGUAUGUGGCGAUGGGACACUCUCUUGCCGUUCAACCUCGCCAGCCUUAAAGAAUGCCAGUAUUUACACGCUUCAAACACGUCUCAGGGUGCGCUGUACAUGAGCCGCUGGUGGAACUGCGCAGAUUCCUUCCACACGUCGUACAGAACUGACCGAGACGAAUUCCAGCUUCUAUUGAACUUACUUUGCAAUCCCUUCUUGGUUCCCGAAAGUGGAUAUUGUUGUUCCUAGUGCUGUGGGUUGUUGUACGUGUGUGUGUGUGU